AUGGCUCCCAGAGACUACUACAACACCGGCCCUCACCACCGGCCCAAUCCCGCCCCUUCGCCCUAUCACGGCGACUCGUACAACUCGGGCUACGACAACUCCUACGAGCCCUCCGUCGUCUCCUCGAAGCCGCCGACCUAUGUCUCCCAACUGCCACAGACCCAGCAACAGCACGACCAACCCGGCGCGUCCGCCGCCUACAAGUCGCCGUUUGUCACAGACUUUGACGACCACGUCCACCCCAUGCAACCGACUCCGAUGGGCAGCCAGCAGAACUUCGCUCACGACACGCGGUACCAUGGCGCCGACGGCGGCGACGUGUCCCCCGUAGGCGGCGACGACAUUCCUUUACAAGCCCACAACAAGGCCGGCGGUCCCACGGCAGGCAUUGGCCCGAUGGAUUCUUCAGACCAUGUCUACGACGCCUCGCAGCAGCGUCGGAACACGCGCCAUGGCGAAGAGGCAGGCAAGCGAGGCCUGCAUUUUGGCGAACUAGGCAUGUUCGGCUCAAACAAGCGGAGGAUACCCUUCAUGGUGUAUCUCUUCACCAUCAUACAGGUCGGCGUCUUCAUUGGCGAGCUGGUCAAGUCUGCUCAAUUGACAGGCUCACCGAUCCAGACGCAGCCGUCGGUCAGUCCCAUGCUCGGCCCAUCACAACAAGUCCUGAUCAACAUGGGAUCUCGAUACGCCCCUUGCAUGCGCAAUCAGCCUGGAGUCCAAGACUCGACAAUCGCCAUCAACUGGGUGUGCCCGCAGUCGACGACACAAGACCCCGAGGCAGCGGUCAACAAGUGCACGCUCCAACAGGUGUGUGGCUUUGGCAACAGCGUCCCCAAUCCUCUGUACCAGACGCCGCCAGGACUGAAGCAAGACCCGGCACCAAAUCAAUGGUAUCGCUUCAUUAUUCCGAUUUUCAUGCACGCAGGAUUUGUGCAUAUUGGUUUCAACCUUCUGCUUCAACUCACCAUUGGCAAGGAUAUUGAGCGGGCUAUUGGCUCAAUUCGAUUUUUCCUCGUGUACAUGAGCGCUGGCAUCUUCGGCUUCGUCAUGGGCGGCAACUUCGCUUCCCCCAACACAUCGUCAACGGGCGCGUCCGGCUCCCUCUUUGGCAUCAUUGCCAUUACGCUUCUUGAUCUCCUUUAUUCUUGGAGCGACCGCCGCCACCCUGGCAGGGAACUCAUUUUCAUCAUUAUCGAGAUCCUCAUCUCCCUAGCGUUGGGCCUGCUGCCUGGUCUCGACAACUUUUCGCACAUUGGCGGGUUUAUCGUCGGCAUCUGCGUUGGUGUCUCGGUCCUGCACUCGCCAAACAGCCUGCGCCGCAGGAUUGGCGAGGACCACUUUGGCGGUCCAUCUUACUCUGGGCUUGGAACGCCAGGUGUAAGCAGCGUUGCGUUUCCUGCCUUCUAUCGCAACCCGAUAGGCUUCUUCAAAGGCCGCAAGGGUCUCUGGUGGGCGUGGUGGAUCCUACGCGCAGCGUUCCUCGUGAUGGUCAUUGCUGUCUUCAUUGUCCUGCUCAACAGCUUCUAUGCCAACACCAGCUCCUGCUCGUGGUGCAAAUACUUGAGCUGUGUGGUAAGUGACUUGCCCGCCACGAUCUUUGCCUCAGCUGCUAAUUUUGUGUCUCUAGCCCAUGGAAAGCAACCAGUGGUGUGCAAACGACUCUUUCCAGACUGUGGUGACGAAGCCGCCUACGCCCCAUUAAGACUUGACAGGCGUUGCACUCGAGGAUCUUCAGUGUACCAGGUUCAACGCACUGAAGCAUGA